AUGGAAGAGGUCGGGAAGCGCCGACGAGUCGAUAGGCGUAGAUCUGCGCAUUGGCCUAGCUGUAUACACUCCGCCUCUGACGAUACUCGUCCUAGAGUCACGUCCGAUCCGCUUGAUCCUAUGUCUUCGACGAGCAGCGAUACUUACGCGGACUCAGAUACACGCGGAUCCUGUCAGCGCUGUGCAAAGCGUGACAUUCCCUGCAUCCGUUCCAGAGGCAUCAGGAAGCCAUGCUACGAGUGCCGCGACCGCCACGAAGGCUGCACGCUCCCCGAUGGUACCCCUUACCGUCGAAGGGCAGAGCCGGACGACAGUUCAGAUGACGAUGAAUAUAGUGAUGAUGACGAUGAGACAUCGCGCAGUGCAUCGAGUACAAGCCUAGAACGCGACGUAGAGAGGCCCGCCUCAGCUCCAGUCGUCGCUGAAGGCCAGCGCAUGGAGAGGGUAACCACCGACGAGCCCGUAAAAGGAGUCUUCCGUACGAAGGUCAUAUUUAAGGGAGACAAACCCACACAGGUUAAUAUACCUACCCUCCUACCUAUCUUCCGAAUCGGCCCGCCCAGGGGCGUCCCGCGCACCGAUAUGUUAUUCGAACCCUCCAAACGCUCGAAGCUUUCGAAAUCAGAUGUCGAGAGACGUCGUUUAUCUGAAUCCUCGAAACCCGCCGGACGUUCCCUCGUGCCCUUUGUUACGACAGACAGCGCGUACGGCGACUUGGAGAAGGAUGAAGACGUCGGGCGCGUGACGGAGAAGAGGGCUGCAACUGCUGCACCUGCACCGGUGUCAGGCCAGGCAACGUCCGCGAAGCGUCCACGAGUUGGGUUCGAGUCUCCGCUAUAUUCGCUGUCCACAUCCGGAUCCCCCGUACGCCACCCCGACUUCUGGCUCCGGGACGGCUCGGUCGUCAUCCGUGUGGGGUCAUUCCUCUUCAAGCUGCACGGGUCGCGUCUAGAGCAAGAAUCAAAGUUCUUCGCCCACCUAUUUUCGAACGCUAGAUCGGGGCAGAAAACAAUAGAUGGCUGCCCACCCUAUGAGACACACGUAGUGUCAUCGUCGGACUUCGCGGUGCUGUUGAAGGCGAUGGACGGGGGGAUCACGUACGCGCUGAACCCACCGCCGUUCCAUACCCUCGCUAAGCUUUUACGCACCGCACACACUCUCCAAUGCACGAAAUUCACUACAUAUGCAUCGAAUGUCCUCCGCACGACGUGGCCCUCCGAUCCCGCUUCCCUCACUCCUGAACGUACGCCAUACGCUGCAGAGACCAUCGCCCUAGCACGCAAGUGCGCGGUACCAGAGGUACUCAAGCGUGCAUACUACGAGCUGCUGCGCACCCCCAAUUUCGGCCAGGCGCACGACGAAGAAGACGACGUGUCACCGCUCGGGGUACAAGACUACUCGCGCCUCACCACCGUUCGUGAGAAGUUGCAAGCCGAGUGGAUGCAGAUCGUGUCGGCACCCCCGGACCAUUCGCAUAGCCAGUUGGCUUCCUGGGCGGAACAUGAGGCCCUCAAGUCCCGGCGACACUGCGAGCAGGCGCACGCGAACGGCGCGGAGAUGUGGGUGCAGGCCGUCGUUCAGAAACCUGUGUUUACCGAGGGAUUGUUGGAUCCACUUUGUGCCCUUCAGACCCUUGUCGAUAUUGACUGGAGUGCCCUGGGAUAUUGUGCACAUUGUGUGGACCGGUGGAGGACGGCGUGGAGGAAGAGGCGGGAGCGGAUUUGGACAGAUCUGGAUGCGUGGUUGGGACUGAGUUGA